GAGGGAAAAAGAACUCGUCCCUCUCACGGCCUACUCUCUCUUCCCGCCUAAAUCCUCCAGAGUCCCAUCAAUCAAGCCCCACCCUCUCUACCUUCCCGAGAUACUCCGUCAAUCUCGUCUCCUAGGGUUUUGUCUCUGACCUUCGCGAGAACGCCAUCGCACUCCGACCUAGCCAUGGGUGACCCUAUCUCCGGCCUCCGCCAGCGUUCCGGGUCGGGCAUCGUCCAGAGAGUCAGAUUGGAGAACUUCAUGUGCCACAGUAGCUUGCAGAUUGAGCUCGGCGACUGGGUCAAUUUCAUCACCGGCCAAAAUGGAAGUGGUAAAAGUGCAAUACUGACAGCUCUUUGUGUGGCCUUUGGGUCUCGAGCUAAAGGCACUCAAAGGGCGUCGACAUUGAAGGAUUUCAUAAAAACUGGUUGCAGUAAUGCUGUUGUCCAAGUGGAACUCAAAAAUCAAGGGGAGGAUGCUUUUAAGCCUGAAAUAUAUGGGGACAUCAUAACAGUAGAGCGCAGGAUUUCUGGAACCACAAGCGCCACUGUUUUGAAGGAUAAACAAGGAAGAAGGGUUGCUGCUCGAAAAGAGGAUCUUCGAGAACUAGUAGAACAUUUUAAUAUUGAUGUGGAGAAUCCUUGUGUUGUCAUGAGUCAAGACAAAAGCAGAGAGUUUUUGCAUUCUGGGAAUGACAAAGAUAAAUUCAAGUUCUUUUACAAGGCCACACUUCUUCAGCAAGUUGAAGAUCUUUUGCAAAACAUUGAAAAACAGUUGGAGAAGGCAGGUGUUGUUGUUGAUGAAUUAGAGGGCUCAAUAAGACCUAUUGAAAGGGAACUUAAUGAGUUGCAAGAAAAGAUUAAAAGCAUGGAGCAUGUUGAAGAAAUAUCUCAAAAAGCAAAACAGUUAAAAAAGAAGCUUGCUUGGUCAUGGGUAUAUGAUGUGGACAAGCAACUCCAGGAACAGAAUUUGAGAAUCGUCAAGCUGAAAGAUCGUGUGCCUCGAUGUCAAGCUAAAAUUGAUGAAAAAAUAGGUCAAGUGGUGAAACUGAGAGAAUGCUUCACCUUGAAGAAAUCUGAAAUUGAUCAGAUGAUGGCAAAGACAUCAGAAAUUAGGAGAAUGAAGGACGAAUUACAGCAGACACUAACAUUGGCCACGAAAGAGAAGAUUGGGAUUGGAGAAGAAUAUAGCCGCAAAGCUAACCAGAUCCAGAAGUUAAUGAAUGCUGUUAGGUCUCUUCAGCAACAGAUUGAGGAUACGCAGGAGCAACAUGCCAAACAUACACAGGCAGAAGAAUCUGCAAUAGAGGAAAAGCUGAAAGAACUCCAAAAUGAGGUUUCUACUGUUGAAUCAAUGCUUACCAGGUUGAAGGAAGAGGAGAGUGCCUUAUCAGAAUGCAUACAACAGAUAAAUAAUGAAAUCAGAGAGAUAAAUCAAAUGAUUCAAAAUAUUGACAAGAAUCGCCGAGAGAUCUCAAGUGUUAUUCGUGAGCUUCGUCAAAACCAAACCAACAAAGUGACAGCAUUUGGUGGACAGCAGGUGAUAUACCUCCUACAAUCGAUUGAGAGACAUCAUCAAAGAUUCACAAGUCCUCCUAUUGGUCCAAUUGGUGCCCACCUGACUUUGAAUAAUGGUGAUGUCUGGGGCCCUGCUGUUGAACAUGCCAUUGGAAGGUUGCUCAAUGCUUUCAUUGUAACGAAUCAUAAAGACUCUCUUCUUCUGAGAGCAUGUGCAAAAGAAGCAAAGUACAACAACGUUCAAAUUAUCAUAUAUGACUUUUCAUUACCAAGGUUGCAUAUACCUCCUCACAUGCUUCCACAAACAGAGCACCCAACUACUCUUUCCCGUGUUCAUUCUGAAAAUCAUACUGUUCUAAAUGUUUUGGUAGAUAGGGGAGAUAUUGAAAGGCAAGUUCUUGUACGAGAUUAUGACGUGGGAAAAACAGUGGCUUUUGACCAGAGGAUCUCAAAUUUAAAGGAGGUUGUCACUUUAGAUGGUAGUAGGAUGUUUUCUCGUGGCUCUGUCCAGACAGUACUCCCUCCCAAUAAGAGAGUUAGAACUGGUCGUCUUUGUAGUUCUUACGAUGAUCAAAUUAGUGAUCUUGAAAGGCAAGCAAAAAGUGUAGAAGAAGAAGAUAAGCAGUGCAUGAGGAGAAAAAGAAAUGCAGAGCAAAACCUUCAGGAUCUUCAAGAGAAGCUCCGAAAUGUGAAGAGGAGGCGUGCACAUGCGGACCGUGAUUUGGCAUCUAGGAGACUAGCGCUUCAAGACAGUGCGUAUGCUGCUGAAGCUAGUACAUCACCUGCAUCAACUGUUGAUGAGCUUCACCAAGAAAUCUCAAAAAUGCAAGAGGAGAUUCAAGAAAAGAAAAUGUUGCUGCAAAAGUUUCGAGAGAGAACUGAUGAAGCUGAAGCAAAGACCCAUGAUCUUAAAGUAUCAUAUGAGAAACUAUGUGAGUCGGCAAAAGGAGAUAUUGAUGCCUUUGAGAAAGCAGAGAGAGAACUGAUGGAGACUGAAGAAAAUCUGGCUUCUGCAGAAGAGGAGAAGGCUCAUUAUGAAGGUGUAAUGAGGAACAAGGUACUUCGCGAUAUCCAAGAAGCAGAAAAAGAAUUUCAGCAGCUUGAGCAUCAUCGUGAGGAGAAUUGUAGAAAGGCUUCUAUCCUUUGUCCUGAGAGUGAAAUUAUAGCUAUGGGUGAUUGGGAUGGUAGCACCCCGGAACAGCUCAGCGCCCUAUUAACUAGGCUGAAUCAGAGGCUUGAGCGAGAGAGCCAGAGAUUCACUGAAUCCAUUGAUGACCUCCGAAUGUCAUAUAAGAAAAAAGAACGUAAGAUUUUAGAGAGACAGAAAAAGUACAGAGCUUACCGAGAAAAGUUACAUGCAUGCCAGAAAGCCCUAAAUUUGAGACGUAGCAAGUUUGAAAGAAACGCAAAUCUUUUAAAGCGCCAGUUGACAUGGCAUUUUAAUACCCAUCUGGGAAGGAAGGGGAUGAGUGGGAAAAUUAAGAUUGAUGACAGGGAGAGGACCCUUGCUAUUGAGGUAAAGAUGCCCCAGGAUGCAUCGAGCAGCACUGUUCGCGACACUAGAGGGCUUUCAGGUGGGGAGCGCUCCUUUUCAACGUUGUGCUUUACAUUGUCUCUUCAUGAAAUGACGGAAGCCCCAUUUAGAGCAAUGGACGAGUUUGAUGUUUUCAUGGAUGCUGUAAGCCGGAAAAUCAGCCUAGACACUCUUGUCGAUUUUGCAUUGGUGCAAGGAUCCCAAUGGAUACUUAUCACCCCACACGAUAUCAGUAUGGUGAAGAACGGGGAGAGGAUAAAGAAGCAGCAAAUGGCAGCUCCUCGCUCUUGAAUUGUUUCACUGUCUAGUUUUAAUUAUUUAGUCACAAUAAUUACCCGCUAAUGCUUGAUUAGAUGAUGGUAGAUAUGUAUUUAUCAACAAACCUUUAUUAUCUUAAUUAACUGAGUGGGAGAUUAUAUGGAAUGAUUGUAAUUAUUUGUACACUUUGGUUUUUUUUUUUAUACAUAUUUUCAACACUUUUGGGACA